AUGGUCUCAGCACCCUCCCACCGACCCCCCAAACGCCUCGCUGUCUUCUGCGACGGCACAUGGGUGGGCCGCGAGACAGCCGUCGACGACGCACCACCCAGCAACAUCCGGCAGCUCGCCAACAUGGUCGGCACCGUGCAGUACAAAACCGACGACAAGGCCGCGGCAACCGUGCAUCCUAUCCAACCUCACAAGAACGCCUCUGGAACUUCUACUACUACUGCCCCCGAUGCCAUCGUCGCCGGCUACCAAGAAGGCGUAGGCCUCAACAAAAACUUCAUGCAGUACAUCUGGGACGGCGCCACCGCCUCCUCCAUCAGCGAAGAAUGCAUCUCCGUGUACAAAUUCAUCGUAGACAACUACACCGCCGACCACGAAAUCUGGUUGUUCGGAUUCAGUCGCGGCGCCUUCACCGUGCGCUGUGUCGCCGGCAUGAUUAACAACUGCGGCAUCAUCAAGCGGCGCGCCGACUACACUGACGACGAAGUCUCGCGCCUCUGCUACGAAAUCUUUCGCACAUAUCGCUCUAGUCUUCCCGUUGACGCGCCCAAGAGCGAGGAGUGUCAGCGCUGGAAGGGGUUAGAAGAUAGAGUGUGGCAGGUUAAACGCCCGAUUCGCUUCAUGGGCAUCAUAGAUACGGUGGGCGCGCUAGGGAUACCGCGGUUGAGCGCGGGAGUGGGCUUCGAUUGGAGUCCGUUUGAGUUUUUCGAUAUGAGCAUUUCGAGCGUGGUGCAGCAUUGCUACCACGCACCCUGCCUACACGAUCGGCUGUGGAUCUUCCAGCCGUGUCUUGUGGCUGCGAGCGAGGAGACGGCAGGGGACGAAAGAGAGGCAAGGGCGAGUAUCACGCAGAAAUGGUUUCCGGGCACGCACUACGAUGUCGGGCGUAUGACGUUUCGGUUUGUGAGGCAGAGCCCGACGAAUUGGAUUGAGGAGGCGUUGGGCUGGCUUCCGAACUUGCUGUCGCGCACGAUUUAUCCGAACCAGGUGCUUAGCGAUGCGGUGCUAAGGUGGAUGGUGGAAAGUGUACACACUGUGGAUGAGCGGUCUGCAACACCUAUUAUGCCUGGCGCGCAGGAAUGGAUACAGCAUCUUGGAGAGAGAAUGGGCGAAGCUGCACUAUCGGCUUCAUCAACUGAACAUCAACACCUGAGAACUGGCAGUGGAGACAUCUACGGCGACGUGCUAGCUUAUGCACCCGGCGGCGUCGUGAUUAGCUCGGUGCAAAAGACUUCGCGCUCCAUCACUUCUCUCCUCAACGGCGUCUUGCCGCGACUCGGUGACAAUAUCCAAAGCGUGCUGGGCGUCAAGACAAUCAUCGGUAUCCUGACAAACACAGCCGAUCGCCGUAUCCCAGGCACGCAAGCAGAAAUCUAUCCAUACACAGAGCCAGAGAGGGUGACGGUCAAGGGAAGCGAAGUUGUCUUCACAGUGGAAGAGCUGGCACGAAUGAAGGAGGUAAAUGACGUGGGGCAAGUCAGAUAUCCGAGUCAAAGCUUCCAGUCAUUUCAGCUUUGGAAAGAGGUGUUUGGGAAAAAGGAAAUUUCAUGUGGACACUGA